UCCACUGUCAGAACCGUGCAGAUCCAGCAAGGAUAAAAAAUGGCUUCGGAAACAACGCUGUCGAAUCGUGCGUAUUGUAAGUUGAUUAUGCAUGCUGCAAAAUACCCUCAUGCAGCCUUGAAUGGGGUGUUACUUGCAGAAAAGAGGAAACUCAAAGAAAACAAAAUCCUGAGGUUUGUAGAUUGCGUGCCACUGUGUCAUUUGUCGUUGGGUUUAGCGCCGGUCUUGGAAGUGGCCCUUUUCCAGAUUGAUUCUUAUUGCCAAGCCAACGGUCUGAUUAUUGCAGGAUAUUAUCAUGCAAAUGAGCAUCUCAAAGACUUAAAUCCAAGCCCAAUUGCACUGAAGAUCGCGGACAAGAUAUACGACAAUUGCAACGAGGCAUGUUUUUUUAUGAUUGAUAACACCAAGAUGUUUGUGGACUGUGACCAGUGUGUACUCAAACACUACACGGUGCAAGAUAACAAGUGGAAACCAAAGUCAUCAAAUACUCCACUACUGUCCGACGACUGCCUGUCCAUCGCGGCCGAUCUCCUAAGAGAAAAGACCUACCAAGAUCUGGUAGACUUUGACACUCACCUAGACGACAUCAGCAACGACUGGUUGAAUCCUGAAAUUAACACCCACCUCAACUCCUGCACGUAGCGUCAACGGUUUUAAAAAGAAAUUCUGUUGAAAAGUUUUUACACCAGUUACAGAGUGUCAUGGUUCAUAGUUCAGGAUACCAGACUUUAUUCCUUGUGAGUUAUUACUAGGUUUGGGUCUGGUACCCAAUCAGAUGGAUCAUGUUGUUCUUGAGCAGGGCAUUUUACCACAAUUGCUUCUUUCCACUCUGGAUCUGGAGCAAAUAAGGAGUCUGUACCAAUGACAAAAGAUUGCGACCAUGAUUAAAGCCCAUGCUAAGACAGUGUCUGCUCCCAGGCUUCCAGGGAGAACAGUUUGUUGAAAUCUGAUGGGACACUCUGGUUUAAAAUUACAAAAUAUAUAAACAAAGGGGAAUAGACCCAAGACUUGAUGACGCUGUGCUUUGUUUACAUGUGCGCUUUCCUGCAAGAGCCAGGUGGGACGCGUCAUUAGGUCUA